CGUGUUCUUGCGCUGCAAUCAAAUCGAUUUUCGGGGGAUUAUCUCGCUCGUUUGAUAGAUAUUUGAGAGACUUUGCUUACGGCGAAAUCUUGCUUCGGUUGUCUGGUUGUGUCGUUUGUUGUAUCUGGGAAAUCGAGUCCGCGGGGCUCAUAACCGGCAAGAUGGUGAACAUUACGGAAAAGAUCAAGGAGAUUGAAGAUGAGAUGCGCAGGACGCAGAAGAACAAGGCCACAGAGUACCAUCUUGGUCUACUGAAGGGAAAACUUGCCCGUCUACGAGCCCAGCUCCUGGAGCCAACAGGCGGCUCCGGUGGUGGUGGUGCCGGCUUCGAUGUGAGCAAGAGUGGUGAUGCGCGUGUAGCUCUUGUCGGUUUCCCCUCCGUCGGUAAAUCUACCUUCCUGAGCAAGAUCACCAAGACGAAGAGUGAGACGGCCGCGUAUGCGUUCACUACGCUUACUGCCAUUCCUGGUGUGCUCGAGUAUGGUGGUGCGGAGAUCCAAAUUCUUGAUCUUCCGGGUAUCAUUGAGGGUGCGUCUGAGGGUAAGGGACGUGGAAGACAGGUCAUUUCGGCCGCUAAGACGAGUGAUCUCAUUCUGAUGGUGUUGGAUGCUACGAAACGAGCGGAGCAACGAGCGCUACUGGAGGCGGAAUUGGAUGCUGUAGGCAUCAGGUUGAACAAGGAGCCUCCGAACAUCUACCUUAAGCAGAAGAAGGCCGGCGGUAUGAAGAUCACCUUCCAGACGCCGCCCAAGUACCUUGAUGAGAAGAUGAUCUACAAUGUUCUCCGCGAUUACAAGAUGCUUAACUGCGAAGUGUUGGUUCGUGAUGAAUAUGCCACGAUCGACGACUUCAUUGACGUGAUCAUGAAGGAUCACCGUAAAUACAUCAGAUGUCUCUACGUCUACAACAAGAUUGAUGGCGUCAGUCUGGACUUCCUUGACCAACUAGCCCGUGAACCGUACACAGCCGUCAUGAGUUGUGAACUGGAUCUGGGUGUGGAAGACGUCGUGGAUCGCAUCUGGAAGGAACUCCGUCUGAUCCGGGUCUACACGAAACGGAAAGGCGAGGAACCCGAUUUCUCCGAGGCGUUGAUCUGCCGCAGCAACUCAACCAUCGAGGAUGUGUGCGAUAACAUCCACCGCACGUUGAAGGAGACAUUCAAGUAUGCGAUGGUAUGGGGAGCGAGUGCACGCCAUAUCCCACAGCGGGUGGGCUUGGGACAUGUGGUGUCGGAUGAGGACGUGGUGUCGAUUGUUGCUAAAUGAAGCGGAAUAUAGUUCAUGCAACUACGCUUUAGUCAAACCAACG